AUGCCGACAUAUACUGGGUCUUGCUUGUGUCGAAACAUCCAGUAUGAGCUACGACUCGCUUCUCCCGAGGAUGCGCGCACGUCACUUUGCCACUGUCGAAAUUGCAAAAAAGUAUUCGGAGCAAACUAUGGUCUCACAGCCAAAGUAGCCAAGGACGCGUUUCAUCUCCAAGCCGGGAAGCCCAAAGAGCAUGCUGCCGAUAAUGGAUCUGGGACUAUGAUCUACCGCGAGUUCUGUGAUAACUGCGGAAGUUUCAUCCUUGAAUAUGGCGAGGCUGCCAAGGACCAUUUCCGCUAUGUAUGUGUAGGAUCUCUAGAUGAUCCAGAGGCCCUACCGCCCAAAGUCGAGUUUUUCUGUAAGGAUCGAGCGAGUUGGAUGCCAGAGAUACCCGAUGUGGCGCACAAACAAGAGGUCAAGCAGUAA